AUGGCUGAACAAGCACCGCAAAAAUCAACUUCAUCAAAGACGACUGGACGGUAUGUUUAUUUCAAUUAAGUUUCCACUCCGAGUACGGAUUCAUGUCUAUUAGCAAUCGUUUCGAAUAACUCCAAACAAACCGUUAUUCUGAAUAUUCUCGCACGUUUGAAAAAUGUUUUUCUUUUUGUAAAAAUGUAUUGAUACUUUUAAAUUUUGUCUUAGAUGUGAAUGUGGUUUUGGCCUUGAACUUUUCCCUGCAUUAUAUUGAUUGUCUUCUCUUAGGACGUGUUCAAAGUCAUUUCACGAAGUUCGAAAUAGCCUCAUGCAGUAAAAAAAAUCAACUAAAUUUCGGGAAAACGGAAUUAAAUUAAAUUUUUCGUAGAUUACUUUGAACAGGAUAAAAAAAAGUUUUCGGUUCAGAUUAUACGUGAAAGGAGUCUUCACCGGCUUCAAGCGAGGACUUCGUACCCAAUCCGAACAUACGGCUUUGUUGAAGCUCGAAGGUGUUUUCAACCAGAAAGACGCUAACUUCUACGUUGGCAAGCGAGCAGUUUACCUGUACAAGGCACAUAACAAGACCACCGUUAGUUUCUUUCCUUUUUCGCACCCUUGAAAAUCAAAAAAUUAUCGAACAUGCUUUUAAUAUUCGAGGGUUGAGCGUAAAAAUUAGCGUGGUGUAAUUUUGAUUUUUGACGUGAAUUUUCAAAUUAUUAAGAGAUAAUAUUUUUUUUUUACUUGGAAUUCAAUUGGUUCGAGGGUUGGACAUUAAAGUUAGUCCUUUAUGCUCUGUUCAAAGCUAUUUAGACGCGCGUGUCAAAAAAUUUUUCUUUAAAAAUUGCGAGCCGAAUCGCAGCGAAAAGCGGCAUGCAGAUUUUCAUAGCGGUUUUUUUUUAUUGAAUGCUGGUCAGUAGCCCCCUUUUGCUAAUAAAUCAUGAUUUGCGUAAUGGGUGCUUUACGGUUACUUCUGCCGAUCACAAUGUGUUUUUUAACGAUUUGAGUAAUUCGCUGGGCUUAAUAGCUCAGCUGGCAUAACUCAUUUCUAACGUCCGCAAGGUCGUAGGUUCGAGUCCCCCCGAGGUCGACCAAGCCUUUUAUCCCUCCGGGGUAGAUAAAAUUGGAAGCUGCAUGCAGCGAAAAGGCUCAAUCUCUCAACGCUCUCUCUCUGGAAAGCCGGCACCGUACUUCUUCCUACGACCUCUCUUGUACCUGAUGUUCUACGAGCGAAAUUCACAACUUCUCUGCUUAAGCCACAGCUCCUGCCGCCGUUUAAACACAGUUAUAAUCAAUGAAAGUCGAUUGCACAUGUAUUCUUACAUUGAAGAUGCAAUAAACAAAACAAACAACAGCUGGGCUUAAACGGGGACUCGGAGCCUGGAUUGGGUACUUGCGUAAAUACGCUGGACUUAAACAGGUCUAUGCGCAGCUUAAAACUGCGUUUAGAGUGGUCGGCUGGGGUUCAACUGCUUCAAGGCAGUAGCAUCCGCGGGUGCAACAUGAGAUUUUAGCCAAAAAUAGAAAACUCAGAAACUGGUGCGCGCACGCGCGGGUGGACUGAUUCUUUUUUCCGCCUUCUCCAUUGAAAUGAAAUUUUAAGUAGUGUUUUUUAUUUUUAUUUUCGUAAUACUACGCAGUGCUCCUGCUUACGUUUUAAAGUUGUUCCGAGAACUUCCGAACAAUUUAUGAAAAAAAAAAAUUGCCAAGUAAAAUUUUGGUAUUUCAAAUUUUUGUGCGUUCGAAUUGUCAUAAACUGCAGCAGAGCAGUGAUGAUAAGAGAUGAACAGACAUAAAAAUUUUAAAUUUAUAGCUUUUUAGUUAGUUGAAAAGCUCAAAAAAAAUAGAAGAGACACCCCGCGCAUACGCGUACUUUUGGCAACAAACAUGCGCCGUCAGUGCCUGGAAAGGCAGCGCCAUCCACUGAGAGAAGUUCAUCCAUUCUGUGCGUUUUCAUUAGUUUUCAACUUUGCGUGUCAGGUUGAUCGGGGCGCCCCGUCAGCAACGUAAGAGUUUCUUGUUUAGAAAAGCUCUCUUUUAUCAUAACGGACGUGUGUAAACUAGAAAUAUUUAUUUGACGAAGAUAGUUCGUCUUGUUCGGAAAUAUUUUUGAGAGCGUCAUAUAGUUUGAAAUUCUUCUGAAAGUGAAAAUAUCUUGAAAUUAGUACCUACGACCACCAAAAAAAUAUCUAUUGCAAAAAAUUUGAGUAAAAAGUGAUUGAGUUGCAGAAGCCUGGCCAUUCAGUCGCUACGCGUACCCGCGCCAUUUGGGGCCGCAUUACUCGUCCUCAUGGUAAUGCUGGUGCUGUCAGAGCCAAGUUCCAUCACAAUCUGCCCCCGACUGCCAUCGGAAACAGAAUUCGAGUGGUGAGUAUGAGAAUUUUUUUCUCAUUGCGUUGUCUUCUUUUUCAGAUGCUCUACCCGUCGAACAUCUAA